CAUGCAAGCGGAGAGCCACUUCCAAUUCCUGAACGAAAUUUGUCUCAGUCAAUAAAUUAAAAAUACUUCUAAUAUCACCGAAAAUAAGUAGUUUUUCGUCCCAUGUAAUGAUCCGCGCUGGCGUAUCCAAACUCUUCACAUUCCAAAGCAAAGUUCGUCGACUGAUGAAGAGAUCAAUCUAAAGCUGGAUGGAGAAGAAGUCCGCCAACGAUGAAAGUAGAAAUCGAAGGAACCUCCCUAGUCCUCCCUACGACCCCGCCCUUCCCUCACCCCCAUACCCUCCCUCUCUCCCACCUCGAUUCCGAUCCCAACCUCCGUGUAACGUUCCGCUACGUCCGCGCCUACCUCAACUGCCCCGAAUCCCGCCUGAGUACUCGCUGCAAUGACGAUCCCUUUACAGCCAUCUCUUCGGGCCUCUCCUCUGCCCUCAUCCACUACUACCCGUUUGCUGCCACCCUUCGCCCUUGCCCUGACAACCCCCGCCGCCUCGAACUUUUCUGCGCUCCCAGCCAAGGCGUCCCCCUUAUUCAUGCCAAGGCGGAUUGCACCCUCGAGUCGGUCGAGUACCUCGAUGGGGCGGCCAUGGAGUCGGUUUUCAUUGAGCAGCUCGCGCCAGACCCAAGUGCAGAUGAGAUGAUGAUCAACCCCUGCAUGCUUCAGGUGACGGUAUUCAAGUGUGGUGGUUUCGCACUUGGUGCAGCUAUAAACCACGCAAUGUGCGAUGGGGUUGGGGCAACCCAAUUUUUCGGGGCAGUGGCAGAGCUUGCUCGUGGAACAGGGCAGAUCUCGAUCGAGCCGAUUUGGGACCGACCAGCGCACCUUGGACCGAGGGAUCCGCCUCGGAUCACGGCCCCAAUCGAGGAGUUUCGAGGUCGAGCCAUGGUCAACCAAGAAGGGGUCGGGACGAAAGUGGUGGUUAGGGAGUGGGUCCACGUCAGGGAUGAGUUGUUGGAGAGGUUCAAGUCUUGGUUGGUGGAGAAGUGUGGUGUGAGCUUCACCACGUUUGAGGCAUUGGGAGCAUUUAUUUGGCGGGCAAAAGUAAAAGCAUGCGGAAUUCCUCUUCAAGACAACGUUGCGUUCUCAUACUCGAUCAACAUAUCGAAAAUCGCAAAGCCGCCACUGCCUGUGGGAUACUGGGGCAAUUGUUGCAUCCCGAUAUACAUCUACCUAGCUGUAUCGGACCUUGUCAACAAACCAAUCUGGGAAACGGCAGGCCAAAUUAGAAACAGCAAGAUCCACGCCACUGAUGAGCACCUGCGAUCGUUCAUCGACUUCCUUGAGCUCCACGGUUUUAGGGACAGAGGCGGGUUGCCUUUGGGGAAGUCAUCACAUGUGAGCGGCUUCACCGAUUGGCGACAUCUAGGUCACUCGAAGUUAGACUUCGGGUGGGGUGGGCCAGUGACAGUUGUGCCGCUAUCGCAGAACAUUCUAGGAAGCGAUGAACCUUGCUUCUUCUUGCCCUACUCCAGCGCUGGGAAGGAGAAGAGGAAUGGGUUCAUGGUUUUGGUGAAUUUGCCAGAGAGUUCGGUGGCUGGUUUUAGGGAGGAGAUGGACAAGUUCAUCAAGCAAGAUUAUGACUUCUAGUCCUUUCAAAGACGGGAACAAUUCUAACUAAAUAUCAUGAUAAGUUGCCAGUUAGUUCAGGUAAUUCGGUUUGUGGUCCCUGAAUGAGGUCACGGAUUCAAGCCUUAUAAAUAAAGAAAAAGCAAUACUAAGAGAGUUUUAGUCGUCAGUGAGCCAACUCAACUCAAACUUGAAAUAUUAGCUGGGACUCAUUGAAUUUUCAUAAAUUUGAUGGUGUAUCAUUAGUUAUUCAAAGAAUCUAUUUUAUGUAAUUUUUUCUUCUUCUAGUUAUAAGGCAUAUGAGUGGUUCUUCUAGUUAUAAAGAGGCAUAUGCACCACUCGAGGGGGGGUGGGGGGAUGAAGGCCUAUGCACGAGGUAAAGAAAAAUUGAAAGCUAAAAAACCAACUUGAAAUCUUUAUAUGGUACGUUUGGUUUCAGAGUUAAGGCUGCGUUUGGUUUCAGAGUUAAA